CCACAGAGACAAAGUGCUAGAAGCAACUUUUGAUCCGCUGCACUACACGGAAAUCUGAUGAUUCAUUAUUGCACACAGUUUUAUUUAUACUAAUUUUAAUUUUAUACGUAAUUUUCCAAACCUCGAUAGAAUUUUGUACGUGAUUUCAAAAUUCUGGGGGGGGGGGGGGGGCUUGAAACUCUGCCUAGCUCCGCCCCUGACAGUAGGUCUCAAUAUAUGCAUCAUCUUCGACUGUUGAAUCUUCUCCACAAGCUUCAAGCAUUCAUCCUCGAGAUGCAGUUGUGUCAUGCUAGUUGUCUAGCCAACUGGACUCCGAAUUUGGCAGCCAUAGCUUCCGCCAUUUCCACAUAAUAAGACCCUCACAUCUUCUUCGUUGUCGCAACAAGGAAGCACUCCUCAUGAUUCCUAAACAUCGCUGCCAAACCAAUGCCUCUGGUAGGGAUAAUGGUCGCGUUCGUGUUUACCUUCACACUACACCGCGAUGGUCUCUUCCAUGUAGCUGGUCUCGCCGUCGUAGGGUCCUUAUUGUUGAGCAUCUGGUUCUGUUGGUAUUCCAUGAGCAAAGCAGCCGCUCGCAUGGCUAUUUCGACCUAUACCCACUUGUUUCAAUUGAACAGCUGAGCGUUUCUUUCCUUCCUCAAAGCCCACAUCAACAACGCCCAUUGCUCCACACUCACCUUCUCCAUCUCCCAUAGCAUCUUCGUUACCCUUUCAACAUAAUUGUGAAGCCCCUACCUGAUAGAAACCCGCAUUUUCUAUAGUUUGCUUAUUCAGAUUAUCCUUGUUGGUUUGUUAUUUUAUGACUUUUCGAGAAUUAUUGGGGUGAUUUGGAGGAUAUUUAAUUUGUCGGGUGGUAAUAGGGAAUUAUCCAUUUUUAUAUAAACUACUUGUACGUGGGAUUAGACGAGGAAGCAAUAUUAAACCUAAAGUUGAGAAUCCCUAAUCCCUUCUUCUCCCCUCUCUCUCUCUCUCUCUCUCUCUCUCUCUCUCUCUCUCUCUCUCUCUCUCUCUCUCUGCUGAACUCCCCAUCCCCUUUCUCCAAGCUGCUGCCGCAGCACUUCCCUUCCCUCUCCUAAUUCUUUCCCCAACUCCCUUCUUCCUUUCUUCAUCCCACGCCAAGGGCCAUUACCACCUUGGUAAUUGCUCUUUUCCCCCAAAUUCCCUAGAAACCGAUAGAACCCUAAUUUUAGGUUUCAAUCAUCUGGUAUCAGAGCCCCGUUAUGAUCCAAGCAAAUCAUCAAGGAACAUAGAUCACAUUGUGGCGGUAACAAAGUCUCAUAAGGCUGCGGAGAAGGCGGCGGAUGAGGCGGACCGGGAAAAGGCAACCGCGACCACCGUGGUGACUGGGUAGGGCAGCGGCGACGAGGCCAGGCCGGCGGCAGCCGCUCCGUCGCUGGAAAGGAACCAGCCGAAUCCAACGACUCGAGUAAUGGAGACGGUCAGGGUGGUGGACGAGACCAGGCUGGAACAACUCCAAAUUGCAGUGGGCGAACUCCAAGUUGCGGUGAAGAGACUGAUGGCAGAUUGAGAGCAGGUGGAGGAGAGACGUCAAGAAGAGAUGGAUGAAAUUCUGCGAGCUCUAAGCAAACUGGCACGGGACGCAGAGGUGAGGCAAGGAAAACCGCCAAUAUCCGAGACCACCAUGGGGCUCGAGCGUGAGGUUGGGGAAGAGCCAACCGCGGCGGCGGCGAGCCUGGCGGCGGUGGCAGGAGCCGCGAAGGUGGCGGCGUCGGCAGUGACGGCCGCAGAAGCAGGCAGGUCGGCGUCCUCGACGAUCAGGCUCGGGCAGGCGACAUGGCGUGCGGGCCAAGUUCACUUUGGGACCAACGGUGAUACUGGGUUGCUUCCGUAUCGAUGGCCCAAGAGACGGCGGUACGACGUGGCAUUGCCAAAAUGUUGGGCUAUGAUAAUGUGGGCCCACGGAACCAUGAAGAAGAGGGGAGUCUGGCCUGGGUACCCAAUGGGCUGGGUGGUUGGGCCCAGAACCAACCCAAGAAGAGGAUGAGGUGAGUCUGGCCGGCCUGCCAGAUAAGUGGGCCAAACUCAACUAGAGGGCAGCCGGGUUGGACCAGAUGUGGACGGCUGACAAUGUUGGGUUUCGGUCGAAUCAAACCGGCUGAACUAUUUGGAUCCACCUUGGUCGAACCGGAAUUGAACAGCUUAGGGAUGACCAGCAGCAAGGAGGACCGAACCAUGGGGUUCCUAUGGGGUGGGCGUGGAUCGUGUAGCGAGGUAGAAGGCUUCCCACCACCUCGCAUGGGCCCAGACGGACCGGGACGAGUAACCCAAGAUUCGAGGAGCUGGUAUAACAGGGCAGCCUUGAGGCGAGGAGGGAGCGGAUUACACGAAUGGAGGCCCGAGAAAUUCGCACAAUAGAAGGUAUGUUGGGUAUGACUACUUUAAUGAUAUGGAUGAUGACUUAGUUUUCAGAGCUAAGCCUCCAACCAUUGAGUUUCCGAAAUGCAAUGGGCAAGAGGAUGCAGGGUUGUGGUUGUACACAACUGCAGGUGGUUUAAGAACCCCCCAACUUGGGAGGAUAGGAAGGCACAUCUAGCGUCCUUCUACCUGGAAGGUGACGCUCUACACUGGUGGGAAUGGCUGGAAAGGUCAUAUGCUGCUACGGGGACUCUGAUCACGUGACCGAUGUUCUAGGAGGAACUCCGUUAUCAGUUCGGCAAGUCGGAAGGAUGGGCCCCUGAGCAGUUAGCUAAGUUAAGACAGACUGGAACGUUGGCGGAGUAUCGAUCGGAAUUUCUCAAGCUGGGAAAUCAGUGCAAAGGGUUGCCGGAAGGAACACUGGUGGGAUUAUGCCAGGCUGGUCUAAAGCCAGAGAUCGCGACAGCUAUAGGGGUGUUUGAACCCGACUCGCUAAGAACUGCUUUCCGCUAAGCAGGUCACAAAGAGGAAGAACUUGCCAGCUUGAAAAGUGUCAUCGGCCGCUUCUAGAGGCCGAGCGGAGGAGGAAGCAGCAGUUUCGCAAGCAGCGGGGGAGGAAGCGCGGCCGCCGGAACGAGCACGGAGCUGCAGGAGGAAAUCCACCGCCACCGGCGACGACGCGACCAAGACCUGGUCCUCGCGCUCCACUAAAAGACUACUUCAAGUUGUCACCCGAUGAGAUCGAGCAGAAGCGUUAGGAGGGCAAGUGCUUCAACUGCAAUGAGCGGUUCACCGUCGAUCACUAGUGCGCGUGGCCGGAUGUGAUGAUGCUUGUGGGACGCCGGGAAGACGAAGUAGAGGAGGAGGAGAUGGAGUCCUUGGUAGAGAAUCAGUGUGCUCGAGUCAACCUUGUGGUCAAGGUUGUUUCCAAGGAGGCGGGGAUGAUAGAAACCCGCAUUUUCUUUUGUUUGCUUAUUCGGAUUAUCCUUGUCGGUUUGUUUUUUUAUGACUUUUCGAGAAUUAUUGAGGUGAUUUGGGGGAUAUUUAAUAAGUCGGGUAGUAGUAG